UCGGUCAUCAUUCCUCCUGAGCAAGACGAGUCAGGAACACACCACCAGCCAUGGAGAGAGAAGUGCCCGUCAGCUGCAUAGACGCCUACGAAGUUCCACGCUAUGGCAAGAUGGUUCUCGUUCAGCCAGGUGGCGUUUUGCUGCCGGCCGGAUACAAGAAAUUCGCUAAACCCAUCUACAACUUCAAGUACAGAAGCGACGAUAUCUGCUUGUUCACUUACCCCAAAAGCGGCACAACAUGGACAGCCGAAAUCGUCUGGGCCAUGACGCAUAUAAACGAAAUGCAGAGAGCGCUCACAGAAAAUCUCAAUCACAGAUAUUUCUUUAUCGAUAACGACUUCUUCCACGAUCUAGCAGAAGAAGAAUACAUGGAAAAGCUGAAAGCCAAGUGUCCUGAUGCGAAACAAGAAGAUGGCCCCAUCUUGCAACUGACAGCCCUGGAGAAAGGGCGCCGCUUUAUAUGGAGUCAUCUUUCCUUCGAUCUCCAGAAUCCUGACGUCCUUGACAAAUGCAAAGUCGUAUACGUGAUACGUCAUCCAAAGGACAACAUGUUCUCGCGAUACAUGCACUUCAACAAGGUUGCUAAUGUCAGCCUUCCGAUCAUAUUCGAGACGUUCUUGAGUGACAAUACACCCUACGGAAACUACUGGCACCACGUCAGCGAGGCAUGGAAAAGGAGGGACCACCCCAACUUACACAUUAUGUUCUACGAGGACAUGAAAGCGGACAUCAUGGCCGAACUUAAGAGGCUUGAUGAAUUCUUAGGAACCAGUCUGACCGAAGAGCAGCUGAAGAAGGUAGCAGAACACACCAGCUUCAACAACAUGAAGGCGAAUCCUUCAAUGGUCCUUGACAUCGCAGGUUUCAAAGGAUCCUUCUUCUACAAAGGACAGGUGGGUUCCUCCAAGGGACAACUCCCACCAGAACUUGAUGCUCGAAUGGAUGCUUGGAUCAAGGAAAAUGCAGCAAAAGUGGACCCUGCCUUCAAAUAUGCCUCUUGAACAGAAUAAAAGUUCUAAAAUCAAGAUGUUCAGACAGCCAAAUAUAGAACAAA